UGUUAGCAUCACUUAUAUUUCAAAGAUUUAGGUACAUAGGUAUUUUUGAGAUAAAGGCAUCUUUCAACCUUAUUAGACUCUUAGGCGGUUUAAGAGGCGAUUGUCAGCCAUACCUAUUAUACUCGUCCCUUACUCAUGGCGCUGUAGCUAGUGAAAAGGGGACGACGUAGAAGUUGGUAGGCUGGUUACACUAUGCGUGUGAGAUAGAUGCCACCAUGUCAUCGAAGCUGGAAGCGAUAUUGCCCAAGUUCAAGAGCAUACAUUUGAAACAGCUUGCUUCCUUAUGCGGCGAGAAGACCAGUGGUAAAAAGUCGGAGCUCAUCGACCGCCUCAUCGCCUUGAGUCACGCGCGUCCAGCUAAACCGCCUGGCACCAAAGACUCGCGACUCAUUCUGAGCAUCGACCUGGGCAUCCGCAACCUAGGUUAUAGUCUCAUCUCACCCGCCGCGCCAUCUAAAGUCCUCUCACCUUCUGCUCUGACUGCGGAUGACUUGCACCGACCACCGCGUGUCCACCUGCACGCAUGGCAGCGACGAGAGCUCCUGGAGCCCUCGAUAGACGGGAUAGAGGACCCCGACCGUUAUAGCCCGGCCUCCCUCGCCAUCGCGACAGACCGGCUAGUACGUCACAACUUGUUACCUCUCAAGCCGACGCACGUGCUCAUCGAGCGGCAGCGAUGGCGCAGUGGCGGCGCCGCAGCAGUCCAGGAAUGGACACUCCGCGUCAACACGCUUGAGGCCAUGCUGCACGCGUCGUUGCGUACGCUGCGGGAAUUAGGGCAUUGGAACGGCGAGGUGGUGUCCAUGGCACCCAACAGGGUCACGCGAUUCUGGCCUCCGCCACCGAUCAUGUCCGAGGAGACUCCAAAGACGAGAAGGAGCCGGUCCGCUAAAACGGUUGAUGAAGCAGCUAUAAAAGGAGCUAAGUCGCAGCAGAACAGCAAGAAGUACAAACUUGGCGUUCUGACGAGCUGGCUAGCGAUGAAACGAGGAAGCGAGAUCAUCCUACCUGCGAAUCGUGACACCGAGGACGCCGUCAAGUGGUUUCGUUCGAAGCUAACUCGCUCUCGGAAGAAAUCGAGCGAUGUUGAGGACUUGAUUCGUGAUGCCGGCCCACGAAAGCUCGACGACUUGACCGAUAGUCUCUUGCAAGGCGUGACGUGGCUGAAGUGGGAAGAGAAUAAGGCCAUCCUCCUUAGAGAGGAAGGGUUGACGAGGCUCCUGGAAGAGAAGCUCUUAGACGAACUAGAAGCUGACACAUUGGUUGGUGACGUAUAAAAUAAACACUCAAUUGUAUAGUACAAAUAUCCAUCUAUAUUUAAAUCAAGGCUAGGCAGAUGAUAUUGAUGACCCUUCUCAGGGCUUCUGUCUGCUACCCAACAUGCGAUCGCGUCACCGGUCGGGGUAGCAGAAGCGGAAGCGGAAGCGGACACGGACUUGACACCAGUGGCAGAAGCAG